UGCUGUACUACAGUACAUACUUAGUCCAAGUCUCAUUCGCUGUUCGUAGCAGCAUUGACGCGAUUCCUCGAGAGCGUCCCUCGCUGCGAUGCUCUGGCAACUGAGCGGUGCAGGUUUUUGUCUGCUUCUCUGCAUUCCCAUCGUCCGUGGACUGUUGGCAGUGCGCUCGCUCAAUCGGCGUGCGCGUAUCGAGCCUCGGAUUUUCGUCCUAGCGCGAUCUUUCCACAGACCGUUAUAUGCAGCAUGUUUGCUGCUUGUGGUGCUUCGAGUGGCAUUUUUCUUUCUAAUUGCCACACAUGAAUUGGACGAGAUGGAAGUUUGGUUGAAAGUGGCUACGUUCUGGCUGUUGGGCAUGCCCAGUGCAGCUUUGGCGGCACUAUAUGGCUACAUUGUGCUGUUCGCAGUUCGUCUCGUGUUCCGACGACGCUGGCCGGGAGUGACGGCAUCUGCAUCGAGUGGAAUGUUAACUGGAGUGUUUGCAGCGUUUUGCACGUCUCUUGUGAUGCUGGUGACGUUGGUAGCCACCUGUCGAGCUGAAGGAGGGAAGUGGGGGCUGACGGUGCCGGCGUGGAUGACGUUCGGCUACACUGCAGUCAUCUGGACGACGCUAGGACUGUUGAUGAUGAAGUAUGAGGGCGAGGCAGUACGAAUUCUGUGGAGAUAUCGACGUAGGAACCAAUGGAGUACUGGAGAUGGACAACAACAGGCGAAUAGAUAUCGCCAGAGGCUGCCAGUGCUCAGUAUCUCGUGUUUGAAGAAUAUGGCGGUGUGCAGCACACUCCUGGCAGAGCUGCUGGUAGUUCGAGGUGUUUUGUGUGCCGUUGCAGCAUCAAAGGGCAUUUUGCAUGCAGUAGCUAUUGAAUCAUGGCAAGUUAUGACACUCCACUACUUCGGUUGGGAGAUUGCAAGCGUUGUGAUCGUGUUGUACAUGCUACAUCAGACACCGAUUGCUGUGCAUUGCUUUAGUGGCACAAGUAGUACUGAGAAGCCUCAGCAAGACAUCGUUGCACCUUCGGCUCCAGUAAUUGACGAUGUCGAGAUCCAAGUUGAGUUCCAGAUACCGAGUGUCCGUGAUAUAGUCUCCGACUACGUCGUUCCGUCGAACGUAUCGCUGUUUUCCACUCAGCGAAGUAGAAUAGAGCGUGAGAAUUUGAUGGAAAGUCGCUACUGCCGAAUUCAUCACAGCAGGAUGCCUUCGACUGGAGUCGAGUACAUUAACUGCCGCUGCUAUCGUGAAAGAAACGAUGACGCGUUGUUGAACAACGCAAGCGUGCCGUUACUCUCAGAAGGCAUGGAGGUCGCCACGCAUCGCAAUAAGAGGAUAUAGAGGAUAGUGAUUGUUGUAUUUUUCGGAUCAAUAUAUUUGGUCGUGUUUAACUCUCAAAUGUCCA